AUGGCUGACCCAGCUGGCAAGAUCACCUUGCGAGGCGCUCUUAGCCAGUCCAAGUGGCUGGUAACGACUACAGCACCACUUCGCUCAAACACCUCUGGUAAAGCAUGGCCGGAGGUCUCGGCCUCGAUGUGGGAGGACUUUACGUUGGACAACCUCAACGCGCAAUACGCCCAAGUUCUCGACUAUGAAUUCUCAACAGUAGAGCUACAUGCACUGCUAUCUUACCCGCCGUCUUCUGACCUUGUGCAAAUCACCCAGGCUGCGGACAUCAAUCGUCUGAUCAAACGGAACCGUCAUCUGUUGGCAAACACUCUUACUCUCGCCCAAGGCUUUCUCGGUCUCCACCCAGGUGCUACGCCCCUUUCCGUGUCUACUGAGGUUGACAAGUCAAGUGAAGCCAAGCUCCCCAACGUAAGCAAGAAACUGACUGUGGACCACGUCAUCUGGCUGGACAAACAGCCCAUCGCGAAUCUUUUGGUUGGCCUGGAGUCUGGCCGUACUGAUGAUAUGCAGGAUAGACGCUGUCUGAGCAGAAAAUGA